AUGGCUCCAAACCUAGCUCCUUCCAAGCAUGAGCUUAUCUAUGACAUGAUCCACGGUGGCGAACUAUCUAUAAAUGAGACGGCACAGGCCGCUGGUUACAACAAGAGCACCAUCUCGAGAAUCUCGUCCAAUAUAAGAAUGUUUAGCAGCGUUAAAGCACUGCCAAUUAAAGGCGGACGACCCCGCAACAUCAGUCUAGUCAUGCUCGAGGCUUUAUGCGACCAUCUGGUUGAAAAGCCUGCCCUAUAUUUGGACGAAAUGGCUGUUUUUCUGUGGGACGAAUUCGCUCUUCAAGUAACAAAAUCGACUAUCAGUCGUGCCCUUAAGUCUAAAGGCUGGUCGAAAAAGACUGCUCGGGUCAUGGCCCGAGAACGCAACCUUGAUCUCCGGGACGAAUACUAUCAUUUUAUUUCAGACUUCAAGUCUUACCACCUUGUCUAUAUCGAUCAAUCUGGCUAUGAUAAAAGGAUAGGCUUUAGGCGAACGGGUUGGUCCCCACUUGGUACCGCGCCGGUGCAAGUAUCAAAGUUUUAUCGUGAUCAGCGUUAUCACAUUCUGCCUAUGUAUGCGCAAGAUAGCAUUGUUUUAUCUCGAGUGUUCUAA